UCCUAAGUCGAAGAUCAAGCUUGCAAGACACACAAGAUCAAGAAGACAAGAGCUCUCUCUUACCUCCUUUUGUGUUUUGUUCACUACAUGUAUUGGCCUUUACGUACUCAUAACCACACAGUAAUCUUGGUGCUUGAAAUUAUUUGAGCAACUGGUUUCACUAGCGGUAAACGUAUCGUUAGCAUGGAGGACUUUCCAGAAUUGUUCACGAAGUUUGAGUCAGAUGCAUGUGCCAGUGGUCGGCUGGCGUGGCAUCCCACAUGCGUUGAGGACGGUGUUCCAAAGCGCGUGCAACAUGCAGCUGACGGAGCGUCAGGACUCCUAGUGGAACCGCAUGGAAAGACGGACUACUGGCGCAAGACUUACUAUGAGCCUCUAUUGUUGAAGUCUGACGGCCAUAUCCUUGCAGUGACAGUGCAGUCACCGCCCAAACUGGUGGCCGAGACGCAUCUCACACUCAAUGUCAAAUCUCAAUUCGAUCAGGCUGGACUCAUGGUCUUCGUGGACGAUGAACAUUGGUUGAAGACGGGGCUGGAGUAUUGUGACGGCAAGAUCUACUUGGGCUGCGUGGUCACCAAUGGUUUCAGCGACUGGUCGACUCAAGACUGGCCCAGCAACAAGCUGUCCAUUCGCGUGUACGCACUGCCCAAUGACAGCUGUGUGGUGGAAGCUGGAUCGGGUGAUGACUGGAAGAUGAUCCGCAUUGCACACCUGGCCAUGGGUGAUCAGAAAGUGAAGCUUGGCGUUUACACGUGCUCACCCACAGCCGCCGGUGCCUCCACCGUCUUUCACUCUCUGAGCAUCAAGGCAACGAGUGGCUAUGAUCACAAAGCGUAGCUCACGAGCCACAUCCGGAACAAGACCGUACGAUAAAGCUGUCAAUGUCCUACCCAAUCACUGAACUGUACGUAGCCUAAGUUGUGGAUUGCAAUGCUGGUUUCAAUGAAGAGUGCUAGACUAGCAAACUAACGUUACCUAACGCUGGGGAUAUUUCUUGAUACUGUACCAGACCCCGGAACGUUGCAGUAUUCAUCAGGACUUGUGGAUAUGGUCCCACUGAGCAAUGCCACGUUAUUACCCAUGUAUGCACUAUUUUCCCGGCUCUCAAGCUCAGUUUCUGCUAACUGGGAUGUUGAGUUGUUGGGCAUUGUUAGCAGUUUCAAGUGUUGCAGCUUCUAAAGAUGAAGAGAGAUCUCAAUAAUUUGGUAUGGGGACCCCGGGCCGCGGCAACUCAAUCUCUAUGGCAGAAUUCUACUUGAAGUAAAGUGGAAUACUAGUAUCCGCAUUGUUUUGCUCUUUUAGAGAUUUUUGAAAAUGAUUUUUAAAAAUACACUAUUUCCUUGGUCCCUAUGGCGGACACAUACAUUAAUUGUUCAUCGUUUUUGCAGUAGUUCUUGCUAGAUUAGGCUUCAAACACACUAGCGUUCAUCAUCAUAACUUAGCCGCCUUGAUCUCUUUGCAGACAAGAGCCUUCUUGUCACGUGCCAUCUGCAUAGAGAUGCAUGCCCCUUCUGCACAGUCUCAAACAAGUUAUGUUAUCAUGUUAUGAAAUGAUUUCUUGGUAAUGACAGACAGCGGCCUUCCAACUGAA